AAAUUGACAUUGUCAUUGUCUGUGUUUGUAAUUUAAUUUUCAGGUUAUAAAUUCGCCUUCUGUACCUAAAAAUACAUUAAUUCUAUUGUAAAAACGUACAUAAAUACACAAAAAGUACUGAUCAAAAUGGCUAAUUCUGGAAAAGGCACUUUUCAACGGGAUUCAGAUGUUCACAUUUCCUUUGAAGACCAGCAAAAAAUCAAUAAGUUUGCUCGAUUAAACGCCAAAGUGGACGACUUGAAAGACGAAUUAAAGGUUAAACUAAACGAUAUGAAAAACCUGGAAGAAGCGGUCGAAGAGUUGAGUCUUGCUGAUGAGUCAGAUAAAAUACCUUACCUUGUAGGAGAAGUGUUUCUAUGCCAGAAUUUGGAAGAUACCCUUAAAUCAUUAGAAGAAAAUAAAACAAGAAAACAGGAUGAAAUAAAUGAAUUGGAAGCCAAAUGUGAAGAAUUAAAGUCACAGAUGAGUGAACUUAAAGGACAUUUGUAUGGCAAAUUUGGUAGCCAUAUUAACUUGGAGAAUGAAGAAGAUUGAAAAUAAUUUCUAUACUGCUAUCACUAUACUCAAGCUAUAUAUUAAUUUAUUUCAUGGUUAAUUUUAACCAGAUUAAGAUACUUUAACAUUAUUUAGGAGUUCAGAAAUCAUUUUGUAAAAGCAAAAUGUGAGGAUACUACAGAAAAUUUGCAUUAAACAUUGAAUAAUUCACUCACUCACUUUUUUUUUUCAUUUUAACAACCUAAUUAUAUCAGUCAACAACUUCCUAUAUUAAUCUAAUAAAUGUAAUUUCUUUUAAUAAACUUUUCUAAAAACUUAAUUUAAUUAUUAUUGCCAAUUCAAACUAUUAGAUGAUACCUAGAUAAAUAGAUCUUCAAUGUUAUUAUUAUUUAUUCUUACUUCCUUCCUUCUCUUGGAUUCAAAAUAUGUUAAGUUGCUCUCAAACAUUUUAAAACUUUGCAAUAAAUUAAAUAUGUAAUGGACAUGAUGCUUUUAGUCAAGUCAAUAGAUGAAUAUUAUCAAUAAUAAAGUUUAUAAAUUAUUUGCUA